AAUUGCAGCCAUUCCCAUUCAUCAAAGUUAUGAAAAAGUGAGAGUAUCUAUACAAAAUAUAUAAUGGGGAUAAAGAUAGCAAGUAAGGCGCAGACAGAAAAAGUGGCAGCACCACUGAAGCAGAUGCUGAAGAGAUGCUCAAGCUUACUGAAGAAGGGCAAAGAAGAGGUGCCUAGGAAGGGACAUUUCGCUGUCUACGUGGGGCAAUCCAGAUCUCGUCACGUCAUCCCCAUCACACACCUCAAUCAUCCAAUCUUCCAGAUGAUGCUGCAUGAAGCGGAGAAAGAGUUUGGGUUCAGGCAAGAGAGAGGCAUCACCAUUCCUUGCGACCAAAAUAUAUUUCUCUUUCUCUUGGACAUCAUAUCAAAUCUCACUAGCUAGUUCAUAGUUUGAGUUUCCUCCCAUUAUAAGCGGAAUAGUUACUACGGAUGCACAACCCUCUUUUUUUCUCAUGGACAUCCUUGGGUUCCACGUUACUCCACAUGUGUGUCUGUCUCUAUAAACAUAUGGAUGAUCGAUGAUCAUGAUUGAAGCUAACCUGGUCUCUUCAACACUCAUAUAUCAACAACUCAUUACAAGAUAUUUCAGCAUUAAUUUAUUGAUGACUGUUCUUGUUGUGAUACAAAUAUCGUAAAUGUUGCGGUUAAACUUAUAUUUUGUUUUACUCUUUACAUUUUAUAGCCAUAACAUGUAAAGGAUAAAUAUUUAUCGCCCUCCAUAGACGUUUUCAUUCGUCUCGCCAUAUGAGAUGAGAGAGCUGCUAUCAA